GCCCACCAUUGACAACACAUCUAGUUGUCGAGUUUCUACCAAAAGUGGAGGAGUGUUUCGUGGAGUUGGGGUGGUUUUUCUUCUCUCGUCUAGCGAGGAAAAAGAUUGACCAAGGGAAGGCCCAUCAAAUGGCCAGAUAAAUAAAUUCUCCAGCCAAUUGUGCAAGAAAUCCUGCAGAAAUCAUUGGAUUUACCAGUGUGCUAGUUAAAAACGGAAAUUCUUUAUGACGUUUCAACACUUUUUCAUCUCAAUCUCGGCGCUGGCUGUUGGAAGUGGCCAGGAGAAAAAAAAAGGUGAGCCCAGAAACCAGUGACACUUUUCUCUUAAGAUUAUCAUCACAUCUCAUGGAUAAUUAAUGCAAAAGUAAAAGAAAAAUAUAAACGAUAAACAGUAGGAAAUAGUAGUAAAUGAAAAAGCCAAAGUAAUCUCUAAUGUAUCUGUAACAAAAAAAUUGAUUUCUGCAAAAAAACAUACCCAUCUCUCUAUAGAAUUUCAUCGAAAAAAAAAAUCGUGCAGUAUAUGUUUAAUUUAUUUGUAAAGUAGAAGUGUGUAGGUCGAGGGGAAAAUAGAGAAUUGAAUGAAAUUCAGUUUGAAAAAAGGAAGUGAUACUGAAUAUUUUAGCUGAACAAUUAAUGCAGAGUCGCUCCCGAAAAUCAAAGAGACGUGAAUGCCACUUUUUUACUCUUGGUUCAAUUUUUGAGGGAGGACAGAUAGGAUUUGUUCCGUAUUGCAUUCAAUGAUCAGUUGAAUGAAUUAAGAGGGAAUAUCAGUAAGAGAUAUAUAGAGAGAGUUUAGUGACUGAAUUUAUCGGUGAAAUAGUAAAAAAAAUAAUAAAUAAAUUGUAGUAACAACGAGUAAUCAGAGGGAAAAGGAAACAAAGAGAAAACGAUCGCGUUGCUGUUGAACGCGAACUUAAAAAAAAAUCUCAGACAUGACAUUGACCACUUCGGCGACGGAGAACAAUAACGUAGUGAAUAUGGAUGCAGCAGUUAAUAAUAGUACAGCAGAAAAUUUACCAUCGAGUGAACUCUCACUUUUGGCUAAGCUGGAGGCGGCCAAUAAAUUGUACGAGAGUGAUGCCAAAAGUCUCAAUUCACUCCAGAGUUCAGCACAUAGUCGCAAGAGUUCCGAUACCAGUCAGAUUAGUUUCAAUUCGGGUACGUCAGUGGUUGAGGAGGAUAUCUGGCAGACGUGGGCGAGUAUAGUGACAGAUUGGGAGGGUAGUUUGAAGCGUAAGAAUCCGUGUGUACGUGAUUUGGUGCGCAAAGGUAUUCCUCAUCAUUUUCGGGCAAUUGUGUGGCAAUUGCUGUGUGGUGCCGCUGAAGCGGAUAAGAAACAGUAUGCGGAAUAUAUAAAAGCCACUUCGGCCUGUGAGAAAGUUAUUAGGCGCGAUAUUGCCAGAACAUAUCCCGAACAUGAUUUUUUCAAGGAGAAAGAUGGCCUUGGUCAGGAGGCACUGUUCAAUGUGAUGAAGGCAUAUUCAUUGCAUGAUCGUGAAGUGGGAUAUUGUCAAGGAUCGGGCUUCAUUGUGGGAUUGCUGUUGAUGCAGAUGCCAGAAGAAGAGGCUUUUGCAGUUUUGGUGCAGAUCAUGCAACAACAUCGUAUGCGAGAUAUGUUCAAGCCCUCAAUGGCAGAAUUAGGUCUUUGCAUGUAUCAAUUGGAGAAUUUAGUACAGGAACAACUGCCGGAAAUGCAUGUACAUUUCCAAUCACAGGGAUUUCAGACCACAAUGUAUGCAUCAAGUUGGUUCCUUACGCUCUACACUACGACCCUCACCCUUCCGCUGAGCAGUAGAAUUAUGGAUGUCUUCCUGAGCGAAGGCAUGGAAUUCAUCUUCAAGGUGGCCCUUGCACUGCUCACAAUGGGAAAGGACACUCUGCUGUCCCUGGAUAUGGAGGCUAUGCUCAAGUAUUUCCAGAAGGAAUUGCCACAAAAGGUUGAAAGUGAUCCUGAGGCACUCUUCAGUCUGGCCUAUUCAAUCAAAAUCAACACGAAGAAAAUGAAGAAAAUGGAGAAGGAAUAUGCGGAUUUGAGGAAAAAGGAGCAGGAAGAAAUGGUGGAAUUACGUCGGCUUCGGAGUGAAAAUCGUCUUCUGAAGAAGAGAAAUGAAUUGCUAGAAGCUGAAAGUUUGGAGUUGGCUGAUAGAUUGGUGCGUGGGCAAGUUUCAAGGGCCGAAGAGGAAGAGACGAGCUAUGCAAUUCAGACAGAAUUGCUGGCUCUUCGUCGAUCACAUCUUGAGAUUUCGCAUCAACUUGAGACAGCUCAUGAGGAAAUCCGUGGACUGAGUCUGAGACUUCAGGAAAAUCAAAGGGAUAAUUCUUUAGAAUCUAAUAAUUCACAUCAGAAUUCCAUUGAUGAAUUGUGCUUGAAAGAAGAGGCUCUUAAGCAACGGGAUGAGAUGGUAACUUGUCUUCUGGAGGAGCUUGUUAAAGUCAGGCAGGGUCUUGCCGAAAGUGAAGACCAAAUACGCAAUCUCAAAGCAAAAAUUCAAGAGCUAGAAGAGGAUAAGAAGACACUGAGAGAAACGACUCCUGAUAAUUCGGUGGCUCAUCUGCAAGAUGAAUUGAUUGCUAGUAAAUUGAGGGAGGCCGAAGCGAGUCUGUCGCUGAAGGAUUUGAAGCAGCGUGUUCAGGAAUUGAGUACGCAGUGGCAGAGGCAGUUGCAUGAGCAGAAACAGGAUACGUCUCAGGCGCAGGAUUCGACAUCGAAGAAAUUGCUAUUUUGGGAAGCAUCGAGAUCGUCAAAUGAGGUUCAGAAGUUGGAGGAGGAACUCAUGACGACGAGAAUUCGGGAGAUGGAGACUCUGACUGAACUGAAAGAGUUGCGACUGAAGGUGAUGGAACUGGAGACACAGGUGCAAGUGUCGACGAAUCAAUUGAGGCGUCAGGAUGAGGAAUACAAGAGACUCAAAGAUGAACUAGAUACGGCAAUCUCAAGAGAGAAAGAAUUAUCCAAUAAGACUCGAGAACAGCAACAUAGGUACUCAGAUUUGGAAUCUCGCAUGAAGGACGAACUGAUGAAUGUCAAAAUCAAGUUUACAGAACAAAGUCAGACUGUGGCUGAGCUGAAGCAAGAAAUUUCGCGCUUAGAGACAAAGAACUCUGAGAUGUUGGCUGAGGGUGAAUUGAGAUCAAAUCUCGAUGAGUCCGAUCGUGUGAGAGAUCUUCAGGAUAAAGUGGCAGAAUUGAAAGCUGAGUUGGCUGCUUAUAAAAGUCGAGAGACUUCGUUCAACUUGCGCAAAUUAAAAAGUGAAUCUAUCCAAUCGAUAGAUUCAUCUGAAAUUGAUUUUAGUGAAAUACAAUUGAGAAAAGACAGUUCAACAUCAUGAAAUUAGCAUGACUUUGAGAGGGAGAUAAAUGAUGCAUUAAUUAGAGAUUUAUUGGAAAAAAAAGGAACUUUGAAGAAAAAAGAGAAAAGAAUCAUGAGAAUAUCGAAAGAAAAGACCACUAAAAAAACCGUUGUUUUAAUUUUUUGUCAUUCUUAAAGUAAUUAAGUAGAUUUUUACUAGAAAAUUUUCUCAAAAUAAAAAAAAAUAUGUGUCGUCUUUAGAGGAAGAUUUUUUCGUGAAGUGAUUGAAGAGAGGAAAUUGUGAAUAAAUCUAACUUAUUUGUUAAAUUUAAAAUCAAAUGGAAUAGUGGUAAAAUUGACUAUUUGAUAAAAUUUGCAAUUAAUUCAGUAGAAUAAUGAAAGUAGAUGAGAAAAAAAGAAGUAAAGAAAAUAAUAGCAUAUUCAUUUUAAUGCAGCUAAAAACUUAAUAUUAGAUUGAACAUAUUUCUCAAAUAUUUGUACUUAAAAUUCCGCGAGUUUUUUUUUUGUUAAUUUUUCAAAUUUUUUAACAACAUUUUCAUGCAUUUUUUUUUCUUAAGGCCUCUACACUUGGGAGCAAUUUUCGUUAAAAAUUGCAUUUUUGACAGAAUUCUGACGUUUCCACUUACAGGACUGCAAGCAAUUUUCUUCAAAAAGGCGAUUUUUGACGAAAAUUAAUUAAUUUUCGUCAAUUAAAAGAAAAAUUGCAUUUUUGACAGAAUUUUGACAGAAUUCUGACGUUUCCACUUACAAAGCUGCAAGCAAUUUUCUUCAAAAAGGCGAUUUUUGACGAAAAUUAAUUAAUUUUCGUCAAAAAUUGUAUUUUUGACAGAAUUUUGACAGAAUUUUGACGUUUCCACUUACAGGGCUGCAAGCAAUUUUCUUCAAAAAGGCGAUUUUUGACGAAAAUUAAUUAAUUUUCGUCAAAAAUUGCAUUUUUGACAGAAUUCUGACGUUUCCACUUACAGGGCUGCAAGCAAUUUUCUUCAAAAAGGCGAUUAUUGGCGAAAAUUAAUUAAUUUUCUUCAAAAAUUGCAUUUUUGACAGAAUUUUGACAGAAUUCUGACGUUUCCACUUACAGGGCUGCAAGCAAUUUUCUUCAAAAAGGCGAUUUUUGACGAAAAUUAAUUAAUUUUCGUCAAAAAUUGCAUUUUUGACAGAAUUUUGACAGAAUUCUGACGUUUCCACUUACAGGACUGCAAGCAAUUUUCUUCAAAAAGGCGAUUUUUGACGAAAAUUAAUUAAUUUUCGUCAAAAAUUGCAUUUUUGACAGAAUUUUGACAGAAUUCUGACGUUUCCACUUACAGGGCUGCAAGUAAUUUUCUUCAAAAAGACGAUUUUUUAUGAAAAUUAAUUAAUUUUCUUCAAAAAUUGCAUUUUUGACAGAAUUUUGACAGAAUUCUGACGUUUCCACUUAUAGGACUGCAAGCAAUUUUCUUCAAAAAGGCGAUUUUUGACGAAAAUUGCUCCCAAUGUGUAGAGGCCUUUAUGCAAUUGCAAAUAGCUUCGAAAAAGAAAUAUUAAUUUAUUAUAAAUUUAAAAAAAUAAACACUGUCGUGCUAGAAAUGGAGCGAAAAUGGAAGAUAUUGUGAUUUCAUGGUAUUAAUUUAUUUUUAAAAAGAAAUAUAUAUUUUAGAAUAAAUUUGAUUCCUUCCUACUUAUAUAUUAAAAAAAAAGAAUUAUAUUUAAUAUAUAUUUGUCUUUGUGCAAAAUGAGUGCUGCAAUAUUUUACCUUUAAUCUUUUUUGUGUUCUAAUUCUGCAUUAAUUAAUUUUUUCUAAAAAGAAAAAAAAAACUCUCAGUAUUUCUUUUCAAUGAUAUAUUUUCUUGUUUUUUUGCAAUAUUAAUCACCUCAAAAAAUACAAUUUUUGCAAUAUCCCAGGAGUGUGAGAUGAAAGAAGAAAAAAUAUCAGAGAAAACAAUGUGUCAAAGAAAUUAAAAAAAAAAAACAGAAACUUUAUAAAGAGAAAAGAUUUUAUUUUUCGUUUGAAUAUUUUUUUAUAUAAUCUAUAAUAAUAUUUUAUUUAGGAGAAAAUGGAAAAUCUCUCUUACCCUAGAGAAAAGUUUAAUAAAAAAAAUACAUAAACCCUAAUGACAAAGAAAAAACAUUCCAAUUUUUACGAAACAAAAAAAUAGAAAUAUUUUUUAUUGAUAUUUAUAACAAUUUUUUCACAUGAUAAACAUUUAACAAGGAAAAAAACGAGAUGAAAGAUUUGCAAUAACAAAAUAAAUUUAUAAAAUUAAGUUUCUAUUGAAUCCCGAAAAUGCAAAAUAAUCGAUAAAAAAAAUAUCUUAAAUUUACUCCUAACGAUUUAUUAAAAAGAAAAAGAAAUGAAAAUUUGUAAUUGUGAUAGAAAAUUGAGAGAGAAAAUUAAAUUGAUGUAAAAGCUGA